AUGUAUAAAAGGCAUUGUGUUUUAUCUGAAUAUAUGAAAGAAAAUUUCAAAGACGGAGAUUUAAUUUUAGUUUUAGAUGCGGAUAUUGGAAUAAUAAACCCAAGUUAUUUACUUGAAACAUUUGUUCCUACAAAUAAUGAAGAAAUUAUUUUUUAUGAAAGAAUUUUUAAUCAUGAAAUAAUGGCUGGUAGUUUUUUUUUAAAAAAUUCAGAAUAUACAAGGCAAUUUCUUUUAAAUUGGUCAAAUUAUGAUUUUAAGCAUCCUAUAAGUUUUGAUGGUAGUGAUAAUGUUGGAUUACAUUAUUAUUUACUCAACUAUAUUCCUGUUGACCUUAUAAAGAAAAAAGAAAAGUGUUAUAAAAUAUGGGAACAGUCAAAAAGUUGGAAAGAUUGUAGUGUUUUUGUAGCAUGUAUUAAAUAUAUUAUUAAUAAAGCUUGUUCCAAUAAUAAUACUUUAUUAGGUGAUUAUAAAAACUAUUAUUCUUUAGAUAGUGGAAAAAUAAAAAUAUUAAAAAAAAAUUCAGAAAAAAGAUGGGUACGAGAUAUUUGGUUAACAGAUUCUAAAUGGGCUUUUAGUGAUUUCAUGUUACAUGGACUUAAAAUGAAUACAAUAGGAUAUAUAGGUUUUGGAUCAUGGUAUCUUCCAAUAAAAAAAGAUAGUUUCAAUUUCACUCUAUGUCAUUCAUUUAAUUUUUUCAAAAAUUGGGCGAUAAUUGUUAAAACUGAAAACCUAUAUAAAAAAGAACUAGUUGAAAGUGGUAUUUUAAAUUAUUAA